AACAUGUUGAAAAUCAAGAGAGUGACACCAAAAAAUCCAUAACUAUAGAGAUGAGUAUUUUUUUGUAUAUAGAUGAACAAAAAUUGCCAUGAUCAACCAUAUUAUGGUUGAAUUUCCCAAUAAUAAAAAUACACUUAACAUUACCAUAAAAGCUCAAACGUCUGAGUUAUUAUUAUCUCCUCACUAGCACAUGGGCUUUUUUGCAUCUUUUUGAUAAUGAUAUAAUAUAAGGUGUCUCUUUAAAAUUAAGUAAAAGAUAAGGGAUGAUAUCGCCAAUAUCAAUAUUUUCAGAGACUCAGAAAAAGAUGAUUGUCGUCUUCCUAGUUUCCCCUCUCUUCCCUCACCUUCCGCUCCACUCUCUUUCUCUCUCUACAGUGUUUCUUCCUUUUUCUUCAACGUCAAAAACUCACCGGCGGUUUCGAUUUCACGGUAAGAAGUUGAAUCGUUUGGUACCACAUUCUGAUUUUUCUCAUCUCCCCUGCGUUCGUCGUCUAUUUUUCUCUUUGUAUUGAUCAUUUACUCUCUUAGUAUUCCGUACUACGCAAGCAAAAAAAAGUUGCAGAUACUUUCUCUUUGAUGAUUUUCUGAAAUCUUCGCUCUUCGUUUUGAAGAAAGAACUAGUUGAUUCUGUGUUUCGCUUUAUCUGCAUUCGUUGUCACGCGUUCCGUACUGUUCACCUGUGGGUUUUGUUAGGGUUUGGUAUGUUCUUAAAUCUAGGGUCACGAUUAUGGAACUUAUCUACAGUAACAUGGUUUUUUGUUGAGAAUUGUUGGUUUUUAGCUUGGUUUUUAAGUUUCUAGUGGAUAAUCAUCAUCAAUGGAGUUUGUGCUUUCAUCAUGAAGUUCUCUGAAUCAGAUUGUGAGAAGAGAUUACCGAUAACGUGUUUUAUAGUCUCUGAUUUUGUUUUUUUUGUUCAAGGUUGAGAAUUUGUCAUCAAUCACAAUGAGUCCUGGUCAGUUGCCUUCAGAUUCGAUCAAAGUAGUUCCUGGCAGGAGUAAGCUGAGGGUUGAAUCUUCAAAUCCAGUUCCCAGAGGGAAUCCAACACCUAAAGCUUCAAAGGUGAAGCUGCUUUCACCGGAGGAAGCUAUGAAACUUACAUCUGGAGGCAAUGGAAUGGCGGUUUCUCCAGUUAAACCUGCUCGCGCAACUUCUCAAGUACCAAAACCUGUCCUGCCUCGUCGAAAUCCUGAAGCACCAAGACCUGUACCGGCUCAUGCAACCCCUGAAACACCGAGACCUGUCCCAGCUCGUCCAAUUUCUGCAGCACCAAGCCCUGUCUCGGCUUGUCCAACUUCUGCAGCACCAACCCCUAUCUCGGCUCGUCGAACUCCUGAAGCACCAAGACCUGUCCCAGCUCGUCCAACUUCUGAAGCACCAACAAUUGUCCCGGCUCUUCCAACUUCUGCAGCACCAAGCCCUGUCUCCGCUCAUCCAACUUCUGCAGCUCCAAGCCCUGUCUCGGCUCGUCCAACUUCUGAAGCAUCAAAACCUGUCCUGGCUAAUCCUGCAGCAGGUAUUAGAAGAGAAAUCGUUUGCGGUCUUCGAGCUUUGAGUAUGACUACUACACCAGUGAGACAGAGAACCAAUCCAAGUCUCCUUCAAUCUAAGAAGGUUGAGCCUCCAAGUCCACGGGCGUUGCAAAUUCGUUCAAGAGUUAAGCAACAAGCAGCUAAUGCAACACAAGUUCAACAAGGGACGAUUGUGGAAGUUGGUGAUAAAGCUAAAGAUCAUGGUUCCAAAGAGAUACGUCAAUCAGUCUCUGAGGAAGAAUUGUCGGAAUUACUUCUAUAUCUACCAGCUCAGAAUCCUACCUGGAACGGACGCAUUAUGGAUUCUGCCUCGCCUCCUGAGUUUGACUGCGAGUUUUGGUCUAAACCGGCAUCCAAUAUCACAAGGAUGGCACUCAGACGUUCAAAGGCAAUGCCUGCAUUACUCAAGGUCGAAUUGCUUCCUACAUGCCACAUUCUGAAUGAUGUGUCUGGCAGAAGCCCAACGCUAUUGAAUGUCGAAAUGUACCUUUUCCCAGAUGAGAAGAAAACAGAAAGGUUUAAAGGGGAGCAUGCUAAUCUGUUUGAGGCAAUGGCAACUCGCAGUGCCAUGGCCAAAGCUAAUAUAAACGACACUGAGUUGUUGAUAUUCUCCUCGAAACUAUUGGACAAAACCUCCCAAUCAGUUGUCAUCAAUACGCAGAAGAAAACAGAAAACUUCCUUUGGGGUUUUUUUCUCCAGACAAAAAACUCACUAGGACUUGUACCAGAAACUGCUUCUCAAAUUGAUACAGAUUUUGAUGAUGGGGAUGUUGUUGACAUGGACAUAGACACUGAAUGCCUGACCCCAAGUGUGGCUCUGAAGCUAAUUACAGAAUCACAAAACACUCCCUCAAGAUCACCAGAGAAGGUGAACAGAGAAACAAGUUUACCUCCUGGUUUCGAGAAGAUAUGGACACCACCUUUUGUGAAACUUAAUAUACAAGGAACUUCAAACCCUCUAUCUGAUCUAUCCGGAUCGGCUGGAAUAGUGCGUGAUCAAUCAGGGAAGUGGGUGUUUGGGUACAUCAGGUGCCAUAGGAGCAUCCCUGAAGUCGCAGCUGGGCUUUUGGCUAUAUACCAUGGCCUGAAAUUUCUGUGGGACAGCGGUUUCCGAAGAAUCCACUUGGAGACAACAAGCUUUGAGAUCAUCAAUGCUCUAACAACAAGAUCGUCCCUGUUUUGUAAAAGGAAAACGCUUCUGGGGUCGUGCAAGGACAUGAUAUUGAAGGAGUGGGAGUGUGACAUUUACCAUAUCUCCAAAGAACAGAACUCGUGUGCAGAAUGGUUAGCAAAGAGAUCAGAAGAACAGCCUCAAGAAUUAGUUUUCUUCGAAUACCCUCCUCGUGGCCUUGUGGAUCUUCUGGAGAAAGACCGCCUUGCAGCUAUAUAGAGCUUCUUCAGCUUUGAGGUACACAGUCCCAGUGAACAGCUUAGGAGUACAUAUCUCGGAUUUAGUAGUUUGACCUUUUGAAAAUAUUAGAAGAAGAAGAGAGAGAUGGUUUGAGUGUUAAUGUGACAUCGUUGCAUAGUCGUAACUCGUAAGUACAGUGGAGUUUCAUUGUAACCACAGUUGAAGUACACAGACGUUUUUGUGAUGUGAAGUGAAGAAUCGAUAUAA